AGUUGGUGUAUGAUCGUGAGUUUAUGUUAUGUCAAAAUCAAAGUGCAGUGGGUUGUUUUGCUGCACAUGCGUCGUCGUCUAUGUGUCUGUCAGUUGGAUAUUACUCAUCGCUAAUUAUAACCGGGCAGCGUAUAAUGAAGUGUUGAAAAAAUAAUCAUGGAGAAAUUUUGGGCUGUAUUGUUGAUGGUUAUCGCGAUUUUGUAUUUAGAAGUUGAUGGUUCGGCGAUAGAUCCAAAUGGUAUAACUGUCCGUAGUUUAUGUAAACGACACGCUUUACAAAAUGGCCAAUAUAAAGGAGGAUGGAGAAAAGGUUUUUGUCAUUUAAUUCCGAGUACAUCACAUUCAAGUCCAUCAAGUAAAGCUACAGAACCUUCAAAGGUAGUAUUACCUACUCACACAAGCACACCAUCUGUUAAAAGUCGUACUGCACCAGUUCCUGUACAACAAACAGGCAUACAUAAUGCAUCUUCAAGCAAAUAUACACGCCAAUAUGCAGUAGUUGUAACUAAACCAAGUAAAGUUGUUAAAAAAACUAAAACACAUUUUUCAACCGUGACUGCUACAUCUGGUUCAUCGAAGGAUAAAGAGUUUACCCAAAUAUUAACGAGGAUAGCAUCCGAAGUGAAUAAUCUAAUUACGUCUAAGCCGAUUACAAACAAAAGUUACAAUUUACAUGAUCAGAAUGUUUUUAAGAGUAAUAAAUCAGAAAAGAAGAAUACCACAACUGCUACAUCUGCUUCAACAAAACUUAAACGGAUAAACCAAAUAUUAACAAAGUCUUUAUUAAAAAUGACUGAUCGAAUUACAAUGAAACCGGUUUCAAACAGCACUCACGGUUUCCUUGUUGAUAAUAUGUUGAAUAAAAACGCAUCAGAAAAAAAUAAUACCAGAAAGAAAAUGGACAAUACCAUUCUAGAUAAUUCAAAAUUGACGAAUGACGAACUUGUGAUUGCGCCUAUGAUGGUUUCGAAAGAUGGUCGUGAGAAUAAUGAGGCAACAGAUGAUACUACAUCAGUGACUAAACCAAGCAGUAAGAAAAAGAGCUGCGUCCACCAAUGUAUGUAUUCAAUGUCAUUUGAGUUCGAUCCAGUAUGUGGAAAUGAUGGCAUCACCUACCCUAAUCCGUCGUGGCUACUUUGCUUUCAAAUAUGCGGAGUCAGUACCAAAUUCCAUUCUAGAGGUCGUUGCUCAGCGUACGUUACCCGUGCAAUUAUACCAAAUUUUGUAACGCCUUCAACUAUUAUUUCUAGCACGAUAACAGCAUCCGAGGUCGAGGCAUGUAUUAGCAAGUGUGCUAUGAGGAAAGAGCUGAAACCUUUAUGCGGCUCUGAUAGCGUGACUUACUCCAACCCUGAACGGCUGAUGUGCGCACAAACCUGCGGUGUUGAUGUCAAGUUGUUGUAUCAAGGAGCGUGCACUUCAAACAAAUUGCUGCAGAAGAGACAAACAUCAAAUGCGGUGUAUCUGAAGCCGUCCACUUCAGUGGACCAGUGCAUCAGCCAUUGUAUGGUAAUGCCUGACAAUGAGCCUGUGUGUGGCACCAACGGUGUCACUUACAAAAACAUUGGAUUACUGACCUGCGUCAAAAACUGCGGCCUGGACGUAAGUUUGCAGUCACAAGGGCGUUGCUCUUCGCAGCCACCAACACCUAAGCCUAUGCCUACACCUGCACCUACUCCUGCACCUAAACCUACACCACCACCUAAACCUACACCACUACCUAAACCUACACCACCACCUAAACCUACACCACCACCUAAACCUACACCACCACCUAAACCUACACCACCACCUAAACCUACACCACCACCUAAACCUACACCUACUCCUAUGCCUACACCUAAACCGACACCUACUCCAGCACCUAGCCCUACUACACAAUCUUCUGCUGUGAUAAGAAAUUGUAUCAACAACUGUCCCGUGACACAAGAGUACAACCCUGUGUGUGGCACUGACGGUGUGACAUACAACAACAUCGGUAAACUGACCUGUGCACAGCGGUGUGGUGUUGAUGUAACACUGUUAAGACAACAACCUUGUCCUAAACCGACAACGAAAACUCCGGUUGUGGAUCCCGUGACGCCUACAGAAGCGCCUCCUGUGACUACGAAGUCCCCUAUCGUGAUAAGAAAUUGUAUCAACAACUGUCCCGUUACACAAGAGUACAACCCUGUGUGCGGUACUGACGGUGUGACAUACAAUAACAUCGGGAAACUGACCUGUGCACAGCGGUGUGGUGUUGAUGUGACAUUGGUGAGACGACAACCUUGUCCUAAACCGACAGCGAAAACUCCGGUUGUGGAUCCUGUAACGCCUACAGGGGCACCUCCUUUGACUACGAAGUCCCCUAUCCUGAUAAGAAAUUGUAUCAACAACUGUCCCGUGACACAAGAGUACAACCCUGUGUGUGGCACUGACGGUGUGACAUACAACAACAUCGGAAAACUGACCUGUGCGCAGUUGUGUGGUGUUGAUGUCACACUAUCGAUACGAACACCGUGUCCUCGUAAGCUUGCAAUUAGAUCUACCUCUCUAGAAAUGGAAAAAGAUACAGAAACGUUUACAAAUGAGCCCGAUGUUAGCAUUUCGACGGCCAACAUGGUGAUUAUAGACUGUAUCCGACAUUGUGAUGCCACGAAGGAGUAUAACCCUGUGUGUGGCACUGACGGAGUCACAUACCCUAACUCUGACUUGCUAGACUGUGCUCGUAGAUGUGGCAUAGACGUCAACCCGCUUUCGAAAGGACCCUGCUCUUCCAUAUCAACAAUCAGACCAUCUGUUCCAUUCGAGAAUGACAACGAUCCAGUAUUUCCCACUGCGGAACCUGAUGUUAGCAGUUCGACGGCCAAUAUGGUGAUCAGAGACUGUAUCGGACAUUGUGAUGCCACGAAAGAGUACAAUCCUGUGUGCGGCACUGACGGAGUCACAUACCCUAAUCCUAGCUUACUUGUCUGUGCUCAGGAAUGUGGCGUGGACGUCAACCGUCACUCGGAAGGACCCUGCUCUUCCAUAUCAACAAUCAGACCAUCUGUUCCAUUCGAGAACGACAACGAUCCAAUAGCUCCCACUGCAGAACCCGAUGUCAGCAGUUCGACGGCUAAUAUGGUGAUUAGUGACUGUAUCCGACAUUGUGAUGCCACGAAGGAGUACAAUCCUGUGUGUGGCACUGACGGGGUCACGUACCCUAAUCCUGGCUUGCUUGUCUGUGCUCAGGAAUGUGGCGUGGACGUCAACCGGCACUCGGAAGGACCCUGCUCUUCCAUAUCAACAAUCAGUCCAUCUGUUCCAUUCGAGAAUGACAACGAUCCAGUAGCUGCCACUGCUGAACCUAAAGUCAGCAGUUCGACAGCCAACAUCGUGAUUAGAGAUUGCAUCCGCUUUUGUGAUGCUUCAAAGGAAUAUAACCCUGUGUGCGGCACUGACGGGGUCACAUACUCUAAUCCUGACUUGUUAGACUGUGCUCGGAGAUGUGGCGUGGACGUCAGCCUGCAGUCAAAAGGACCUUGUCCUUCCAAAUCUACCCUUGAAGAAGAAAUAGAUUCAUUAAAAUCAAUUAUUUCUAAAUUGACAUCAGCUGUAGAACUAAGAGAGUGUAUCCGCAAGUGUCCCGUGACGUCAGAGUACAACCCUGUGUGUGGCACUGACGGCGUGACGUACAACAAUCCUGGUCGACUGCUCUGUGUUAGUUACUGCGGUUUAGGUGUGAGUGUGAGGGCGCUAGGACCUUGUCCAGUUACGCCACCUAUUCCGUCAACACCUGACACAAUUACAAAGUCCCCUGCGGAGAUAUCUCGAUGCAUGCGCUACUGUCCCGUGACGUCAGAGUUCAACCCUGUGUGCGGCACUGACGGUGUCACGUACAGUAACCCCGGUCGACUGCUCUGUGCUAGCGACUGCGGUGCGGUUGUGAAGCAGAUAGCGCAAGGGCCUUGCCUAGCCAGGCCACCCACUACGCCAAUCCCAAUCGACGAAGAAAAGGACCCGUCAAAAACCACAAACACACCUGACAUAACUACGAAAUCCCCUGCGGAGAUAUCUCGAUGCAUGCGCUACUGUCCCGUGACAUCAGAGUUCAACCCUGUGUGCGGCACUGACGGUGUCACGUACAGUAACCCCGGUCGACUGCUCUGUGCUAGCGACUGCGGUGCGGUUGUGAAGCAGAUAGCGCAAGGGCCUUGCCUAGCCAGGCCACCCACUACGCCAACCCCAAUCGAAGAAGAAAAGGACCCUUCAAAAACCACCAACACACCUGACAUAACUACGAAAUCCCCUGCGGAGAUAUCUCGAUGCAUGCGCUACUGUCCCGUGACGUCAGAGUUCAACCCUGUGUGCGGCACUGACGGUGUCACGUACAGUAACCCCGGUCGACUGCUCUGUGCUAGCGACUGUGGUGCCGUUGUGAAGCAGAUAGCGCAAGGGCCUUGCCUAGCCAGGCCACCCACUACGCCAACCCCAAUCGAAGAAGAAAAGGACCCUUCAAAAACCACAAACACACCUGACAUAACUACGAAGUCCCCUGCGGAGAUAUCUCGAUGCAUGCGCUACUGUCCCGUGACGUCAGAGUUCAACCCUGUGUGCGGCACUGACGGUGUCACGUACAGUAACCCCGGUCGACUGCUCUGUGCUAGCGACUGCGGUGCGGAUGUGAAGCAGAAAUCUCGGGGGCCUUGUCUUGCGGUGUUCACGACAACAUCGACUAUGAAACCUGAUGUAUGUUACCCUUGUGAGUGACGGGCCUUGUCCGUAAACAGCCUGCCUGCUUUUAAAGUUUCAGAAGAAUACUCAAAUUGAUUAAGAAUUAUUUUUUAAUUUUUGAUAUAAAUAAAAAAUUACGUUUUA